AUGAUAUCCAUCAAGCUAGUCGUGGAGCCGCCACCUCGGAACCCCAAUGGUGGUGAGGCUAUGGAUGCAAUUGGCGCAGCAGCUUUGAAAUCCAAAUUUGAGAAAUUGCAAGAAGAGUUCAAGUCAGUUACUGUCAAAUUACAGGAAGUAGAACGAUCCGUUGAAAAGCAAAAGAGCGAUAACAACGCCAUACAGCAACGAGUACAAGACAUAGAUCGAGCCAAUACAGAACUGAGAUCGGAGCUAGAGAUUCAGGGAGAAGAACUCGAACGCGAUAUAUGGCAAGAAUUUACCGAACUUGAAAAUGAUCAGCAAUGUAACUACCUCAAGUCAAUGAUGUUGCAAGUGAAAAAUCUCCGCCGUGAAUGCGAUGCAAAAGGUGCCAAACUUCUCGCGGUGCAGCAGGACUUGGAAAAGGCUGCGGCCAUGGGAACGAGGACUGAGAAUAGUAAUCCUACCAAUCACGGAAAUGUCACCGGCAAGACCGUCCUUCAGGAUCCGUAUGAAAGACCGAAGAAAAAGAUUAGGCCCAUGUUUCGGACCUCGCCUUUGUUUUGA